CCCAUCCGCAAUCAGCAGAGCAGUGUCGCAGCAGAGCAGCAGAAAUUCGAAGCGCAGCCAAAUAUACACACACGAAAUUAUUGUAACGGCAACAGAGCAGCAGCCACAAAGCCGCAAAACGAAUUUAUUAAAUGCACAUUUAUUUAUAAACUUGUUAGUGCCAAGGAACGUGUUAAUGCAACAGCAGAUAUAUAGCAGUGCAGUCGCGUCGUCCUCGUCCUCCACCUCUGCUGCCGUUGGCUCUGCUGCUGCGGUCACCGUUGCCGCUGUUUUUGUUGCCCUCCAUCUCCCCUCUCGACGGUGGUGCUAAUGUGUUAAUAUUCUUCUUGUUUUUUGUUGCGGAAAUUGUACUCGUGUGCUGUGCGUGUGAGUGUUUGCAUAUCUGUGUGAUAUGUGAAAGAAGAAAAGGUGAAACAAAAAGGCAAAGAGCAUUCGUAUGCAGGAAUUGUCGUCAUCGGUCGCCGUUACCAUCAGCCGUCAGUCGCUGUCGCUGCUGUCUGUGUUCUCUGUCUGCGUCUCUGUCUGUGGCCGCUGCGUCGUACUGCUGCGUCCGGUUUAGAUUCAAUCAAGCGUCAAGAAAUAAAGCACUCAAAACUCAAAAGCGCUGCCAACAUUCUACCAAUCCCGCAUUGUCCCCUCCCCGCCGUUCACUCGCCUACCAUUGUGUGCCGUUAUUUUGUGUCGGCCGUGCCGUGUAUGUGCGUGCGUGAGAGAGGGUCACACGGAGAGGCGACUAUUGCAACGAUCGACGCGAAAGAAAGGGGGGACACACACGGUGCGCGGAAAGUGCAGGCAAAAAAGCCAUAAGAGCACGUGAGUGCGUGUGAGAGCAGGAUACGCAGAAAUCAGUGCUGCUGCAUGAGAGCGGGACACCCAGAGAGAGGCGGUGCAUCGCUUACGAUCGGCGGGAGCCAGAGAGAAACUGCAGGGCUUGCGUGCGUGAGGCAACGGGUGCAUUCAACUCCUCACGCACAUAUGCUGGCCCUAGCCAGACCCAGACAGCCGCCGCCGCCACCGCCACCGACAGCCAAUCCCAGUCCGCGUCCAGCGUCCGCGUCCGCGUCCACGGCUCUGACAACAGCUCGAAAUGCCUCUUCAGCUCCUCUGCUGAAUCCCCAACGGAAACCGAAUCUCGUUGAAGACGCCUCUACACCAUCCGCAACCGCAAUGCUCGCCUCGACGUCAAACGGUGCCGCUGUCUCUGCCGGCGCCACCGCCGCCGCCGCCAGCGCAAUGGAUGCCUGCGACGAGCGAACGCUGCUGCUGAGCGGGUCACCAAAGGAGGAUGUCGCUGCUCUUGCUCCUUCUCCGCCCACAACGCUGCCACUUGUCCAUACGACAACCACGACGUCGACACAUCCGUCCCAGCAGCGCCACCAGCAGCGGCAGAACAUUAACAACAACAAUACAAGAAACGAGGCCAACGCGAGCAGCGGCAGCAGUUGCGGCGCUAGCGCCAACGCCAGCAGCAACAACAACAACGAGAACAGCACGAUAUCUGCGGACGGCGACGCUGACGGUGACGUCGAAGCCGGCGCUGGCGCUGGCGAUGAUCUGUCCAGCGAUCUCAGCGAUAGAUUUCCACGCCCACCCGCCACCGGCAACCCCAAGAAAGCCGGAAAACUGAGCAAGUUGGGAACCAAAAGCGUCGGCUUGAAACGCGUUUCCUUCGGCUCCUCCAAGGGAUCCAUGGUGGAGACAUUGGUCUUUGAGACGCCCACGCCGCUGUCGGAGCACGUGGAGGCGACCUUUGGCUUUGAGGCGGCGACCUCCGCGACAGAUGGCGUUGCUGUGGCCGCGGGUCAGCUGCAGCAGGCGUCGCAGUCGCACCUUCCGCUAGCCGGACACGGUGACUAUGCAAAACUGAAUAUGGACGACAGCGGCAUUGAGGUUCAAGAAGAAUCGGAGCGUUCAAUUGUGCGCGUUUCCAUAUACCAAAGCAGUCAGCCACAGCAGAUCUGUCCACCGGCGGAGUAUAUCCUGGGGCCCUAUUCAGACGGCCUGGAUCUAACGAUCGGUAGCUAUACAAUCGACCCAAACACAAUGAGCACGACAGCGGCGACGAUGCAGCAGCACCAGCAGAUUGGCCUUGGGGCGGCCUAUGAUCGUCAGCAGAGCACUGAUUCUGGCUGGGACAAUCCCUUUCGUCCUGGCGGCGAUCUGUCCAGAGAGGCUGAUGAAAUUGUCAACAUGAUUCGCGGUGGCAAGCCCAUCACACCCACGGAGGAUCGUACAAUAGGGAAUGGCAGCGCACAGCAUGCCGAUGACAACUGUAAUGGCGGCACAGCAGUCGGCGAGAGCGUGACCAGAACCAAUCUCUCGCAGAAUCAAGCAACAGCACAAAAUGGUACAAAUUCCCACGCCAGCAAGUCGGCGGCAGUGGGCAAUGCAACUGCUGGCGGCGGCGGCGGACGUCCCGAGGGCCAGAGCAACAGUAGCACCAACGGCGUCACCGCCUUGGGCCAGGUGUCGAAGCAGGUGGUGCCGGGACCAACGUCGGCUAGUCAUGUCGUCAUCGAUGAGAAGAAGAACAAGAAGAAGGGCUGCUGUGUUGUCCAAUAAUCAUGGACAUCGCUGGCAUACGCCAUGGACCGAUGGGCCCGUGAGGUGGGGGAAUUCGUAGGGGGGGAUAAAAGGGAUGGAUCGUGUUUUUUUUGGAUGUUAAUGUUUUUUUCGAUGUGAGCCCGAACCCGAGCCCGGGAGCUGAUGUUGAUGUUGAUAUUUUUCAUGCCGCAUAAAUCGCUUUGCUUUGCUUUGCGAAUACCGAAACGAAACAAAAAUAAAAUCAAACAAAACCAAACUAAGAAAAAUAAAAGCAAAAGAAAAGAAAAGAAAAGGAAACAAAACUCAAAGCUCUCUGAACAGACCAGCAGCAAAUGCAAGAACGAGAGCGUCAGCCGCAACAGAAACAACAAAAGCAAAACGAGAGCAAGGACAAGGAGCACAAGCAGAAGCAGCAACGCUGGAACGAGAACAAAAAGGACAACGCCAAAGCGAGAGGAACAGGAAAAGGAGCAGCAGCAAGAGCAAGAGCUAAAGCAAUAAAACAACGAGAAGAAAAUGGACCAGCAGCAGUAGCAUCAGAGGCAAUAGAAUAACGAGUGGCAAAUGGACCAGCAGUAGCAUCAGAAGCAAUAGCACUAGAAUAACGAGAGUGGGAAGAAGCGAGAACAACGACCACGAAAACAGCUGCACUCAGAGGCUGCCUUUACCCGUUGGGGACACUGGCACUGACUUUCGCUGUCGCUGUCGCCUCACCUCACCUCACCUCGCCUCGCCUCGCCUCGCCUCGACUCAAUCCAUAAGUAACUGCUGUCCCAAAAUCCUGUAAGCAGUCGCUGAACGCAGUCCUUAAACCUUUAAGCAGUCGCUGUCCUUAGAAAACCUUAAGCAGUCACUGUCCCCGCCGGACCCCCGAGGGACAGUCGCUUCAAUCUUCAAUUUGAAACGGAGUUACCGUAAACACGAAUUGUAAAUCUAAAAUAUAUAUAAUUAUACAACUUAUAUUUAUAUAUAUAUACUUGUUAGUCUGGAGCCCGAUGCUAAAUGUUGAUUGUAGCAAAGUUGUACACAAAAGAGUGGAAAUGGACCUACAAUUCAACGGAAUUAUCUAUAUAUACAUUUUUUCCUUGAUUUUUUUUUUUUUUUUUUUUUAUUCGACGACCUACAUAUAUGUGUAUGCAUAUAUGUAUAUCUAAAGAAAUAUAUCUGUAUAUGUAUACAUGUAUACAUGGAAUUUUUUUAUAAUUGUAAAAUCUAGUGCGGCUUUUUAAACAAGAUGACAUUUAAAGAGUAAAAACCGAAGAAGAAUCGAAGAAGAUGAAGCAGAAAAAUAAUAACAAAAAAGAGAACGUUUUGCUUGCAUGCAUAAUGGGUAAAACAGAACAAAAACAAAAAAAAAACCAUAAGCAAACGAGAAAAAAAAGGAAAAAAAAUCUAACAUAAAGAAUAAUGUAUUUAUUUUUAUUUAUAUAAUGACGAUGACGAUGAUGUUUAGGAGGAGAGUAAAUUAAAUGUUAUACCUUAAAACAAAUAUACACACACACACAUGCAUACACUUAUACACACACACACGAACACAGUUAUAUACGAAAGCAUAAAUACAUACAUGCAAUAUUUAUAUACAAAAUGAAAUGUAUGCCGCAUAAAGCAAACGACAAGUGGAGCCCCCAACAGAUGACAAGAACAAACACGAGGUCCCAAUACUAUACAGUUAUUUUUUACCAUCAUAUACAUACAUAUACUAUA